CUCCUCCCUUCUCCUCCGCCGUCGUCUUCUUCUUCUUCUUCUUCUUCCAAUCCUUCUCGUCUCAGCCGUCACCCCCCUCUCUCGCUCACUUAUAUACUCCACCUUUUCUCCACCAGAGAGAGUCCAAACACUCUCUCCCUCUCUCCCACGAUCACAUGGCCCUCGUCCGCCACCGCCGGCAACUCAACCUCCGCCUAUCCUUGCCGGAGCCCUCCGACCUCCUCCCACCCUUCCCCGCCCCCUCCGCCUCCUCCUCCUCUGCUGCCCCCGCACCCCCCACCAUCUCCCCCUCUGACCUCGAGACCAUCCACGUCCUCGGCCACGGCAACGGCGGCACCAUCUACAAGGUCCGGCACAGGCGCACCUCCGCUGUCUACGCCCUCAAGGUCAUCCGCUCCAGCUCCGAUGCCUCCGCCCGCCGCGGUGCCCGACGCGAGGUCGAGGUCCUGCGCCGCACCGCCGACUCCCCCAACGUGGUCCACUGCCACGGCUCCUUCGAGGAGCCGUGCGGGGACGUCGCCAUCCUCCUCGAGUACAUGGACCUGGGGAACCUGGGGUCGGUGCUCCGGAACUACGGCCCGCUCAGUGAGUCGGACCUCGCCGACAUCGCUCGCCAGGUCCUGAACGGUCUCGACCAACUCCACUCGCGCAAGAUCAUACACCGAGACAUCAAGCCAUCGAAUCUGCUCGUGAACUCGAAGAUGGAGGUCAAGAUCGCCGACUUCGGCGUGAGCAAAAUCAUGUGCAGGACUCUCGAAGCGUGCGACUCGUACGUCGGCACGUGCGCCUACAUGAGUCCGGAGCGGUUCGACCCGGAUUCCAACGGAGGCAGUUAUAACGGUUACGCGGGGGACGUGUGGGGGUUGGGGCUGACCCUGCUGGAGCUGUACCUGGGCUACUUUCCGUUCCUGGAUCCGGGACAGCGGCCCGAUUGGGCCAGCCUCGUGUGCGCCAUCUGCUUCGGCGAGAUACCGAGCCUGCCGGAGCGGGCAAGCGGCGAGUUCCGGAGCUUCGUCGAGUGCUGCUUGCAGAAGGAGUCCGGCAAGAGGUGGACGGUGUCGCAGCUUCUGACCCACCCGUUUGUGUGCAAGGAUCCGACAUCCGGGGCCUGAAGUGAAGGUCGACCCGAAUGAAGUGUCCAACAUCAUUCGGACCUUUUUUUUUUUUUUUAGAGAUUUUGAUCUUGUACAUAAUGGGCGAAUUGUAGGAAUUACAUUUUUUUGCUCUAAAUUUGAUUAAUCAAGGUUCAUGACAAUG